GCUAACGUGAGGACACUGCUGUAGUCUCCGAGGCGGACGGGUGAAUGUAUUCAGACGUAGGCCAAGACAGGGAGCAAGUUUUGACUUUUACUUCUGUUCGGAAGGGGAGAGACCGCUUUAUUUGGCUUUGUUUGUUUUUUGUUUUAACACCGGUGGCAGUAAGCAAAAGACGGUGGAGUUUUUCUUAAGACGGCGCGGGGACUGAGAGGCGCCAGCUAAUACAUUCAUACCUCUCUCGGAACCGUGUAACUUCUGGGAAAGAAAGCUAUUUUUAACGGUAAGGUUCACUUCCCCCGCUGAUUUUCCCUCCUCCUCACAUCCCCAAUCUCUAUUGGCUGCUGUUCAAAAAGGGGCGGAGCUCAGCAUGGGGUAAAGGAGUUGAGUGGAGACAUCGAAAAAAGGACACAACCUGAGGAGGCCCACUCACCCUUCACAGGUGGUGAGCGGGGAGAACGUCACCAUGGUGUUGCCGCGGAGGAGGCUAAAGGUUCUGAUGACGGUGAUGAUGGUGAACCUCUUCAUCUUCAUUCUGGUUUCACGGCACAACAGCCAAGACAAGAAUGGGCGCAACAAAGUCCACAUCCCCACCAAGCCUUUCUGGACCAAACUGGUCCCCAACCAGGCUUACUGGAACCGUCAGCAGCAGAUUCUGGAUCUACAGAAUAACCCCAUCCUCUCUGCUAACUACAGAUAUAUAAAUACAACCAACAUACCUGAUUGGCUGAAUGACACAGAUUUGACCUCUGACCCUUGCAAGCCUGACCUAAAGGUCACCACUCAGGUGAAAGACUACAACUCCCUACCUGGCCGCUUUAAGGACUUCCUACUUUAUAUGCGCUGCCGCUCCUAUCCCCUGUUGGUGGACCAGCAUCACCUAUGCAAGGACCCACCUUUCCUGCUGCUGGCUGUCAAAUCACUGGCCCCACACUUCGACCGCCGGCAGGCCAUUCGUCAGUCUUGGGGACAGGCAGGCAUCCUGGCCAAUCGGACAGUGGCAACUGUGUUCCUGCUUGGCAACGCCACAGCAGUGGACUACCACCCUGAUCUGUCUGAGAUGCUGCAAUUUGAGAGCACCCGACACAAGGACAUUGUCCAGUGGGACUACCGGGACUCCUUCUUCAACCUUACCGUCAAGGAGGUGCUCUUCCUGGAUUGGAUACAAGCCCGCUGCCCAGGGGCCCAGUACAUCUUCAAAGGGGAUGAUGACGUCUUUGUCAACACGUUCCGCAUCCUGGACUUCCUCAAAGGCCUGUCAGGGCCCAGGGCCAGGGACCUGUUUGUGGGUGAUGUCAUCACCAAUGCAGGGCCACACCGUGACAAGAAGGUCAAGUACUUUAUCCCGGAGAGCAUGUACGUUGGGAUGUACCCUCCAUACGCAGGGGGUGGAGGUUACCUCUACUCUGGGGACCUAGCUGCACGUCUGCACAACGUAUCACAACAAGUGGCCCUCUACCCCAUAGAUGAUGUCUAUACGGGCAUGUGCCUUAGGAAACUGGGGUUGGCCCCUGAAAAGCAUAAGGGCUUCAGGACUUUUGACAUUGAGGAGAAGUAUAGAUCUAAUCCCUGUGCAUAUAAGAGCUUGAUGCUUGUUCACCCUCGAACCCCACAGGAGAUGAUUCAGAUCUGGGCUUGGCUCAGUAACCCCAAAUUGAACUGCCAGUAAUAACUCAGCAGCAGCCAUUUUGUGUUCAACUGUAAUUAUCUAAUUGCCUACUGGCAGCCAUUUCAUGUCUGCCUGAAGUAGUUACAACCACGCUAUGGAAGACACCUUGCACCUGACUCAGUGCGCUAAUCUCGAUAGGUCAAAGUGUUCACUGUUAUUUUAUUUAAGAAUGGUUUGUAACUUUCAAGUUGGCAGCUUUAGGUUGAGAUAUCGGCGUCAGUCACUUGGGGUACCGUGGCAUCUUCAGUGUGUGGAGUUAAGUACAUCAUAUCGCUUAAAAUGAGGGCAAAGCUCCUUUUCCAAAAUGGCCAUCGUAGUAUUUUGACUUGAUGUCAGACUUGGAUAGACACUGCAUUACCGUUGCAUGAGCUUCAUCGAAAGUGACGUGUCCGUUUUUGUGUGCACAUAUUUAUAUCACAACUAUUUAUAUGGCCUUUAUAAUGCUUUAACACUGUGUGUCGGCUGCUUUUUGGCACUUCUCAAUGCUGUAUUACAAGAUGGAGAUUUGAGACAGGCUUUGUGUCCACUAGAGUAAAGACUGUGUUGCAUGUAACCUAGAAUGCCAACAGAUAGGCACAUUCUUAAUGACCUGCAAAACCAGAUAUUUCGUAGUUUAGAAAAAAGAGUGGCAUUCUUCUAAAUAAUUUUCAAGAUAUAGCCGCAGAAACAGCAAAAGUCACAACCAGUUCUUCUCACACUGGGACUUUUUAGAAAAGCAUGGCUCUCUAGUGGACACGGGCAUCGUUGUUGCAGGAAGCUGAGCUUGUGCUCCUAUUACAAUCCACACUCCCUAAAGUAUUUACUUGUGACUCGCUCUGUCUCGGCCACGGACCUGUGUUUCCUUUAAAAGGGUUGUGCAGAACUAUGGAUCUGUUCAUCUGUUUUACAAUAACUAAAUGAAAAGGUUGUUUCCAAACUGAUUUGCAUCCACAUUUGGAAUGAAAGAGCUCAUAGUUGGAUGUCAUGCAAUUUCUCCUAAACAGAGAAUCCAGUCAUUCACAGUGUUUUCUCUUUGUCGACUAAAAUUAGUGACUCCAAUGUGCUUUAAGAUAUACUUUUAAUUUAUUUUUCUCUUUUUUUGGGGGGGGGGGUCUUUUUGUAACCAGAGCUGGCACUUGUGUCACUUGGUUCAUUUUUCAUUUUGGAACAAAACUCUUGACAAUUUUUUUAAUUGCGUGGCGGGACAGAGUGAGUACAUACUUUUAGGGGAUAAAGACAAAGGAACAGGAGUCUUUCCUUGCUCAGCUCAGCAGGUCUGGGUUUGGUUUGAGAUGGAUCUAGAAAUCCAAAUGCUGUCAGUUUUUUUUGCUUCAGGUUCUUAAAGAUUCCCCGACCCCAGAAAACUGCUGGUAUACAUCUUAAAUAAGUAUUUUUUACAAAGUGACCUUCUAGUUUAAUGCCAUCACUGCAAAGCUUCCGUCUAUGAUCCUAAAGAUAACCCCACUUGACUAAGCCAUGUUUGAUUUGUGUUUUUAAAAUGUUUGCUUGAGGGGCGUCUGGGUAGCGUAGUGGUCUAUUCCAUUGCCUACCAACACGGGGAUCGCCGGUUCAAGUCCCCGUGUUACCUCUGACUUGGUUGGCGUCCCUGCAGACACAAUUGGCCGUGUCUGCGAGUGGGAAGCCGGGUGUGGGUAUGUGUCCUGCUCACUGCACUGGCACCUCCUCUGGUUGGUUGGGGCGCCUGUUCGGGGAGGAGGGGGAACUGGCGGGAAUAGCAUGAUCCUCCCACAUGCUACAUCCCCCUGGUGAAACUCCUCACUGUCAGGUGAAAAGAGACGGCUGGCGACUCCACAUCUAUCAGAGGAAGCAUGUGGUAGCCUGCAGCCCUUCCCAGAUCGGCAGAGGGGGUGGAGCAGCGACUGGGACGGCUCAG